CCUUCCAUCGGUAGAUUCAGUGAGAGCAGCAGUAAAAGGGCAAAAAAAAAAAAACCCAUUAUUCACAGUACACAUUUUUCACAUCUCACACCACAGGCAAGGCAAACCAUUAGCUCUCUCUUAUUUUAUUCUCUUUCUCUCUCUCGCACACCCACUGUUUGUUUCUUAUUUUCAUCAGUUUCCUCUUUUGAGGGCUCUUUUGUCUUUCUGUUCUGUAAUUGGAUUCUCUCGGAAUUUGCUUUCCCUGUGAAAUCCAUUUUGCAAGAUCUCAUAGGCCUGUUCGUUUCUUGUUUACUGUAUGCAUGGGUGGUUGUCUUGGAUGCUACAAGAAACCCACACUAAUUACCUCAGUAGAUGAGCCAUCAAAAGGAUCAGAAAUUCAAGGUCAGACAGUGAAAAAACCUAGCAUAUCAGAGGGAUUCUGGACCACCAGCACUUGUGAUAUGGACAACAGUGCAGCUCAAUCACAGGGUAGCAUGUCAUCAAUUAGCACAAUCAACCAGACGCAUGAUCUGCAUGGUGGCUCCAGUAGCAAUAAUGCACCUUCUGAAUUUGUGAACCAUGGUGUUCUACUAUGGAAUCAAACAAGGCAGCGUUGGGUAGGAGAUAAAAGGUCUAUGAACCGUGCACAGCAAUCUCAGGAACCCAAAUUGAACACUCAUUGUCAAUGCAUGGUUAAAAACUUCUGGCUUUGCUGCAGUUGGAAUGCAACAUAUGACAGUUUACUUGGAAGCAACAAGCCAUUCCCUCGGCCAAUUCCUCUUUCUGAAAUGGUAGAUUUUCUAGUGGACAUUUGGGAGCAGGAGGGGAUGUAUGAUUAAGCAGAAGUACAAGACACUUUGGAGGUUAGAAUGAAAAUCCCUGUCAAUUGAUGGUCCUAUUAAGAAGCUGAUGAACAGACGGUGGUGUGUAUAUUAACUGUUAACAUUACUUGUAAUAUGCCCACCCCGGCUUUUGUUUUCCCUCUACAGGCCAUUUUUAGACAUGUCUUUGUAUUGCAUUCAAAUCAAGCAAAAACUUUGCCUUCCAGUGCUUUUCCUUGGCAGCAAGAGGCCACUAAACUAAUGGUCCAAUGGCCUUGAGUUACAACUAUAUAUGCCUAAUUGCUACUCUCUUUCUUGUGAUUAA